AAUCGGCAGACAAUCGGCCCUUGAGAUGAUUCUGGCUAUCGCAAUUGCAAGCUUGGUGCAUGAGUCCGCGUAUGGGUGACCUGACAAGGGUUUGCGUCAUCAUUGCUUGUCUGCCUUGCCUGCCUGCGUGCUGUAGACUUCAUUGAGCGGGAAGGAACACACACAUUCGUCCCGGCUGUGUCCGUGCGUCCGUGUGUGCACGAGGUGUCGGUCCAUGUUGUACAUGCAUGUAUGGAUACGGAUGGCGCUCCGAUUCGCGCUUCUCGUGUGAUGAUGGUUUAGAUCUCCCCCUCCCUCCCUGUCUCUCUGUCUGCCUCUCUGUCUGUCCAUCUUCAUCUCCAUCUGUCUCUGGCUGUGUAUACAUACGCUCCUUGUCCAUCUCCCUCCCUCCCUCCCUGCCUCCCUCUUCAUGGCGGAUACAUGCGCAUUUUAUGCUGCCUGGAUGGACUUGCCGUGCAUCGCCCAUCAAGGCACUCCAUGGAUGGCAUCGCAUCAGUCGGCAUGAACAGGCAAGUCAGUCAGUCAGUCAGUCAGUCAGUCGUACCCGCGCCCGAGACGGGACGUCAUGAUGCAAUAGCAAGCGCCAGACAUCGACACCAGGGUGCCAUAGGGAAUUCUGGCCAACUCGGCAUCAUCAUGGUGCCUUGUCGUGUCCCGCAUACGCUCGCCGGGUGACAUGUCCGAGUGGUCUAAGGAGCCAGACUCAAGUUCUGGUAGACCUAGUCUGCGUGAGUUCGAACCUCACUGUCACCAUGCUCAAACACCUAGGGUUAGGGUUUAUAGGGUGUAGGGUUUUGGUGAGUUGGGGAGAGGAACCUCCGGCCGUAUCGUUUUCCCAGGUGCUGUUGAUCCCGUGCAGCUUCACUGCAUCGCCGCACGUGCCAUCAUUGAUUGACUCACUGACAGUCACUCACAUCGGUGAGCGAAGGACAUGAUGCAUGGCCAUCGCGUGACAAUUUUGUUAUGCAGGCUUGGUUGGCUUCCUGAGCUGCCAUCGCCUCUCAUUGCCAGCGGCAUCAAAACCGUUGAGUCAUCAGCACAGGUGAGGAAGCAACACAAAGCAAACGAAUGAACACACCAGUCUGGCACCGUCUGCAUCUUAUUGCCUGUUUGCCGUUGGUCCAGAUCACUCACUCACCCAUGGCGUCCGAGUCGGUACCCUCCCUGUGGUCCAUAGCACUCAAGAAGACAGCACACAUGCUCGAUGACACCGCCAAGCGGCCGACACUCCUCACCCGUAUCGAAAGGCAGCCGCCCACAGAGAUCCCCAGGGGCAUCACUCUACCGACCGUCCUGGGACAGCGGAUCGAGAAGGCCAUGGACCGCGACGACCUUCGUGGCGUUCUGGUCCUUGAUAUUUCUGACGUGGCCGGGGCCAUCAAGACCGUCCACGUGCUGGAGAGAUGCAGCGGCCACUGGCAGAUGAUGAAGACGUUCCUUCGGCUGGCCGCCGUCCAUCGGCUGACCCCCGCCAACGCCACACCGCCCCUGCGGCUCUCGGCUGAGUCGCUGCCCGCCACGACGGCAUUCGAUCAGAUGCCCCUCGCUAUGGCUUUAUACGCGACAAUCGGACAGCAGCUGACACACAGAGGGACCAGCCUGGCGCUGCAGCAAGUCGACGACGGACACUUCUGGAUCGGCGAUUUGCCGUUUCGUGUGGUGCCGUUGGGUAGGCUGCCGGGCGGCCAUCCCUACACUAAGGGCUACACAAAGACCGACCCCCCCAUAUAUCUACGAUACAAUUUCGGAUGCACCAGAGACCUCUUCCCCUCAUUCUCGACAUUCCUGAUAGCCAUGCUGCUCCGCAUGUGGUACCGUGCACGGGGUGUGGGUUACAGGAUGGUGCUGGGUGCAGGCAUCGGCCGUGACGACCCUCGUUAUCGCCGUCUGAUUACCGAGCGCAUCACAGAGGAUUUGGGCAUCGCUGUCGACUGGCGCUACGAUGGGGGCGAUCUGAAUGCUGCCACCCAAGUCAGUGACCAUCGUCGUGUGAUUGUGAGCGGCUUCCGACUCAACGAGACCAUCGCUGCCCAUCUGCGGGUGGUGCGAGGCGUCAUCGAGCUGUGGACGACCGAGCGACCUGCUGCCAGUCGAUCUCAUCCGCUCGCUGUGCGCUACCCCGUGUCGAUGCCCCUGUGGGGUGCUGUGCUGCGGCGAUUUGGUCUCGAACACGAUGUCAUUAAUGGGGGGAGGGUGGCGGGGGGUCCAUCAAUUGGGAGCACGCUGUCGGGAUGAGGGUGCUAGAUCGAGGUGAUGGGUCGGCAUUGGUUUGUCUGUCUGACGUGUUCGCUCUCCCGUUUCUUCUCAGUCGUCUUGUUGAUCUGACUGCCUGCGUGUGUCUGUCGCAUGAAUGGAUGGAUGGAUCAUGACCGAUGCCAGAUAUCAUCA